AUGGCUGGCCGACAGUCUGCUCGUCUGCUGGUUCGCCAGCUCCGAGCUCAACCAUGCGCAGUCCGCUCGUUUUCCACUGCGUCCUCGAAUCUAGCAGCGCACAAUAUGACAAUGCCUGCCAUGUCACCCACCAUGACCGAGGGCAAUGUAGCGAGCUGGAAGGUCAAAGAAGGCGACUCCUUCUCCGUUGGCGACAUCUUGCUGGAAAUUGAGACAGACAAAGCCACCAUCGACGUCGAGGCUCAGGAUGAUGGGGUCAUGGCCAAGAUCUUCGCACAGGACGGCGCAAAAGGUGUCAAGGUCGGCACGCGCAUAGCAGUGCUCGGUGACGCCGGCGAUGAUGUCUCCUCACUCGAGAUUCCUCCCGAUGACUCAAAGCCCAUCGAAUCCGAGAGCAGCAAGGAUGCAGAGGCUUCCGAUGCCGCACCUCCGCCGGAGAAGCAAGCCAAAGAGCCACCGAAGAAGGCACCCUCCAAAUGCUCCGAGAAGCCGCCUGCUGGCCCUGGCCAGAAUCCGAAAUACCCACUAUACCCGUCUGUCAUUGCCCUCCUACACGAAAACCACAUCUCCGACAGUGACAUACCCAAAAUCCCCGCCACUGGUCCCAACAACCGCUUGCUGAAAGGUGACGUCCUCGCCUACCUAGGCAGCAUCUCUUCCACAUAUCCACAAGAACAAUCCAAACGCAUCACCCACCUAGCCCACCUCGAUCUUUCCAACAUCAAGCUCCUCGAGCAAAAGCCCGCCCCGUCCAAGUCAUCAGCAGCCGCAGAACGUCCACCCCAACCCCAGCCCACGACUUCAAUAACCCUCCCCAUCUCCCUCUCCGAAGUCCUCAAGGUCCAGCAGAAAAUGGCCGACACGUUGGGCGUCACCAUUCCACUCAGCACCUUUCUCGCGAGAGCGGUCGACCUGGCCAACGACGAUCUUCCGCGUCCUAGAGGCACGAAGCCUAGCAGCGACGAGCUCUUCAACGCCGUCCUUGGUCUGGACUCUAUCCCUACCACCUCCACGGGCAGCUACCUUCCACAGAUCAGCGCCCUUCCUCCCACAUCCUUUACACGCGCCGCUCCACCGCGAGCGGUGAAGAAGCCUGACAUCAUCGACAUCCUCGCUGGUAACACCAGGCCCACAAACAGGCGCAUAUCGAGCUCCGCCACGCUCAGCAGCCCUCUAGGCGGCAGCAUAAUGACGACAGGUGGCGCCAUGAACGUCUUCUCAGUCACCGUCCCAGUAGGCGAGGAGAAGAGGGCGCGGACAUUCUUGGAGCGGGUCAAGACCGUGCUGCAGAUCGAGCCCGGAAGGCUAGUACUAUAA